CCGCCGCCGGCCGCCGCCGCCGCGCCAAUAACGUCCGGCUGCCGCGCCCGGCUUCCGGGAGGGGGCGGGGAGCGAGGGGCGGGGCAAGAUGGCGGCGGUAACGGCCCUACCGGUGCCGCUGUCGGGCAGGUUCAAGGGAUCCUUUGCGUAUUUUACAAUUAAAGACAGACUGCCCCAGAUCCUCACAAGAACUAUUGAUACUCUGCAUAGACAUAAAAAUGAAUUCUUUGAAGAACAUGGUGAGAAGGGUGUUGAAGCAGAGAAGAGAGCUAUAUCUUUCCUUUCCAAAUUACGGAAUGAACUGCAAACAGACAAACCAGUGACUCCCUUAGAAGAUGAACUGCCUGAUGCCACGCUGUGGAACCAAUACCUCGACUACCAACGAAAUUUAUCAAAUGGAAAUGGAGGACCAAGCUGGUUUCAGUCUCCUUGGUUAUACGUAGAGUGUUACAUGUAUCGACGAAUUCAUGCAGCAUUAGCACAGAACCCACCUAUCGACAACUUCGAUGUAUUUAAAGAAGGAAAGGCUCAAAAUUUCUUUGAAUCCCAAGGGGCUAUUAUUGCCUUAUGCACUUACUUUCAGGAGCUGCUUAAAAACAUCAAAGAUCUAGAUGAGAAGCAACUUCAGGAGGAGUUUUUUAAGUUACUGCAGGUGUCAUUGUGGGGCAAUAAGUGUGACCUUUCUUUUUCAGCUGGUGAGGACAGCUCUCAGAAAUCUAGUCCUCUACAGUGCCUGGAAGAUAUGAUGCAAAGUCACCUCUUCCUAACAGAGAGGAAAAUGAAAGAUGAUACUGCUUUAACUGCUGCUUGUAGUAGUAGAGGAAACAAAGGAAGAAUGGAGCCAACAAAGGAGCCUUAUGACCACUUUCUUUUGGAUAUUCCUGUCACCAGAGAGCAGAUGAACCGCUAUCGAGCUGCAGCAGAGACUGCUCAAAGUGAACUUGCAGCACUUUCAGUGAAGUAUGAUUGUGCCCAAUCAGAGCUUCUACAACUCAGGUCCAGAAUGGUCUCUAAGGAAGCCUUUUUUCAAGAGCUGAAGGCUGAAGCUGAAAGCUACAAGGAAAACAAUGCUAGACAGGCAUCUCUUCUUCUGUCUUUGCAAACUCGAGUUCGAGAGACAGAGGAAGAGUCCAGUGUGCUUGCCACUUCCAAAAAACAGGCUGAGCUGACAGCUCAGGCAGCAUUCAAGGAAAACUGUGAGCUGAAGGAGAAACUUCACGAGCAAAAUGCCAAACUUAAUAAAUAUUUGAAUGAGUGUGAAGAAAGCAAGGCACAAGCUUUUAAGAUCAGCAGAAAGUAUGAAGAGCUCCUUUCACAGCUUUCUGAAUUCUUGGACACAGACAUCAGAGAGAAAGAGAAACCACAGGAACAUUUAAUGUCAAAGGUCUGUGAAAUAUGUAAAGAAAAUCUGGCACUAAAAGGUCAGGUUGCUGCUCUUCAAGAAACUAUCAAUGGCCAUGAGAUGGAGUCCAAGGCUAGCAGAGAAACUAUCAUGAGGCUUGUUUCAGAAGCAAACAAAGAGCAGAAAAAGGCAGCAGGAUACUAUCAAGACAUGGAAAAACUUAGUAAGGAUCUUGACAGUGCUAGAAUAGCAAGACAGAGUUUGGAGAUGGACAUCAGAAACCUCCAAGAUAAACUCACUGCUAACCAGAGAGGUUGGGAAGCUUCGAAGCAAGAACUUCACACUCUGAAGAAAUCUUUGAGUGAGCUGGAUGGAAGUUUGAAGAGCAACAAAGAAGAGGCCAGGACUGCUCAAGGUUCUUUGGUGGCUUUCAAAGAGCAAAUCGCUUCCCUUCUCAGUAGUGGAUCGGCAACCGUUAAACCCUCUGAGAAAGCUAUUUUGGAGAGGAUUCAGGAAAUAAACUGCAAAGAGGAGAGUAAAGAGAUAAUGGUAUCUCAGUUUGAAACCCAAAUAGCUAAAUUGACUGAAAGUUUGGAGAAUCAAACCAGAUUGUAUCAAGAAGCUCUGGAGAGAAACAGAAAAGCUGAAAAACAGUCGGAGACCUUCCAGGAUCAACUGAAACAUUUGGAAGAGGAAUUGCUCUCUAUAGAUAUGAUGCAAGAUGGUUUGAAGCUUGAGAAACAAAAAUAUCUGAUAUUUCUGGAGCAACUUAAUGAGAAGAUGAGGCUGGAUAGUGUAGCAGCAGAGGUUGGAUUUGAUAUGACUGUGAAUGCAAUUCUAGCCCGGGUAGAACAGUUGGUCAAACUGGAAGGUGAUGCAGUGAUUGAAAACAAGACCAUGGCAUAUAGCCUAAGAAGAAAGUUGAAGACUCAGAAAGAAAAACUUGAAAGCAAAGAGUUGCACGUGAACCUUCUGCAGCAGAAAAUAACCCAGCUGGAAGAAGAGAAGCAAGUAAGGACAGCCUUAGCUGUGGAGAGGGAUGAGGCCAAUCUCACUGUCAGAAAGUUGCACAAGGUCGUAGAGAGGUUACAGAAGCAGCUUGACCUGGCCAGGGAAACAAAUACUGAUCUCAAAGCCAAGCUGUCUGAAACCAAUGAACUUAAGAUCCAGACUUUGGAGCAGAACAGAACAAUAGAAGAACUUAAUAAGUCUCAAGGCAAAUUGGAAAGAAUGAAAGAAAAGGUUGAGAAACAACUAAAUUCUGUCAAAUCUGAACUUCAUUUAAAGGAGCUUAAAGCUACUGAGGAUAAAGAAAAAGCCAAAAAUAUGCUAGAAGCAGUUUCCAGUGAAAUGAAGGUGCUUAAAACAACCCUUGCAGAAUUAACAAGAAGAGAAAGACAGCUGGCAGACUUCCGAGAGGUGGUCUCACGGAUGCUGGGCCUCGAUAUUGCCAGCCUUGCUCUGCCUGACUACGAGAUCAUUACAUGUCUUGAGGGGUUGAUUCACUGUCAUCAGCACCAUUUUAUUACCUGUGUCUGUCUCAAAGAUGUGGCAAGGACACAAGAUGAACAUACAAUUUCUUCAUUGAAACACACAUUUUGAGGAAACCUAAGUAAAAUUUUCUUUUGUUCUUCCCUAUCUGCUAGAUACGCAUAAAAAAUAGAUCCUUAUUUCUGUUCCUUGGUCUACAGAUACCUACUUGGACUAAUUUUUAGUGUUUCAGUAGAGACUCUGAGCCUAAUGGAUAGUAUAUAGCCAACAACCUGGACACAACAAACAUAAAAUCUCUGGGCUGCAUAAUAUUUCAGUCAUGAAAAUGGUAGGCAAUAUGUGAACAAUGAACAUUCCUCCAGUUUCAGUGCAGAGGCACUGAAGGCAUGAGCCACCUGAGAUCAGUUCACCAUUUUGGCAAGUACUUAUCUGCUUCAGUGAUGUUUCUUGUGCUUUACCUCUGGAUGACAGUGAUGAAAUGAAUUGGGGAUUGUCCAGCUUCUAUUUCUCUUGCAAAAUGGGACCCAUCUGUGCAUUUUUGUACAUAAAACUUCAACUUAAGACUGGAAAUCAGUUAGAGGGCUAUCGGUUUUGGAAUGAGGUAUUUUUUUCUUCCAUUGUUUUCUGUAGACUACUCUUGUGUCAAAACAAAAAAUUAUGCUUUUUCAGUGAAGACUCUCUCACAGGCUCCAGUCAUGUGCCUGGCAUAGAUAUAUAGUAAAAUUAGAUGUAGUAAAAUUGCACGUUGUUCUUGUCAUGACGCCUUGAAAGUAUUUCUUCUAGCUGCUGCGUUCUUUGGGCAAUUAAUCCAUUGGCCAAAUAAGCAGCAGUUCUUCUGGGUCAAUAAGGUAUUAGAAAAUCCUCAUCCACUACAGAAAAUAGUUGAAUUACUGAAGUAUUGAUUUUCAGAAAAACAAUGGUGAUAUAUCUAGAAUUAUCUUUUAAUCAUGAAAGCUGCCUAAUGCCCUUUCUGAUUGUUAAACUUCAUGAUUUUUAAAAUAUUUUGGAACAAUAAAUCUGUUUUAAUAGCACACUC